GCGGAAAUCGUGUCGAUGUCAAAGAAAUGUCAAAUUGUGCCGACCACGGCGACAUCUGCCGUCUAAAAGUUGGCAUGCAUGGUUCGCACGCAAGAGUUAUGAAGGAAAUUGGCUUUCGCAAUAUCAACGAAAUUCCUGAAAUACAAAUAUUUUAGAAACUUUUUAAGGCGCAAAUUAGAGAAUUUAUAAGCCCUCUAUACCAAUAUCGAGCAACAAUGUAACAAUUUUAACAUUGUUUACCAUAUUCGUUAUGUAUAAAUUGGAUUCAAUGGAAGGUCAAUCCGACGAUCAGAUGACGCCAUAAUCAAUUGAGAUCACUUUGACAGUUUUUUUCUUUGCCUCUCCUCCACACAUCCUUUUGGCAGUAUUCGUAUAAUUUUAAUUAGGAUCAAUUGAUUUGCUCUGCUUAUGCACUGAUUUGAUUGCAAUAAAAUGUUCUUAAUGAAAAGGUAGACAUAAUUGUAGUGAAAUUUUUGGCAAAACAAAUAUGAUGGAUUUUGUGUGCAGGUGAAUGCAGUGCCACCAUUUUUAUUUUUCGUGUUUAUUUUGUGAUCGACAUUUGGUGUUUGAUUUGAGAGCAGAUAUACCGAAUGCCUGAAUUAUCGCUCUGGAUCCUUUUUGAUGCACAAAUUGUGAAAUUUCUAACAUAAAAGUUUGUGCGUAGUGAUUUUGUUAUGCGGGGGUGAAACACGUAAUAGAUAUUUUGGCAUUUUGCGGCUGUUGGUGCUAAUGGCUGGUCACGGUUGCAUAGGUGUUGGUGGGGGUGGUGGUGGCGGAGGAGUUGGAAUUAGUGUGGGCGUAACAAGUGGUAGCGGUGGAAGUACGGGUGGCUUAAAUUCAAGCCCGACCACCCAUGCUGUGGUCGUAUGGGAAUAUGAGUUUGGGACUGGCAAAUGGUUACCCUACGGUCCAGAUGUAUCUCAGCACUUGGAGCGUGCGCAUGCUAAAAAGCUAACUCGAGUACUCUUGAGUGAUGCUGAUCCACAACUUGAGCAAUAUUAUGUUAAUAUACGUACUAUGACUCAAGAGUUGGAAGAAGACACUGGGUUUUCCACGAUCAGUGUUCGCCGCAUGUUUUAUGCACCCAGUUCACCGCCUGGAAAGGGUACAAAAUGGGAGCGGUUGGGUAGCGCAGGUCCGGGUGAUUGGCACCCAUUCAACAUGCAUUUACAGUGCAUUAUCGAGGAUGCCUGGUCUAAGGGAGAACAACGAUUGGAUUUGUGCAAUACAAGGCUCAGUGCGCCAUAUAUAAUAAACUUUUGCAACUUAACACAAAUACGCCAGCCGAAUGGACCAAUUCGUAGUAUCCGUCGUACUCAACAGGCACCCUACCCUCUCGUCAAAUUGACGCCACAACAAGCACAGCAACUAAAUGUAAAUUUCUAUAACGAUUUUUGUGUGAAGCGAAAUAACACAUUACCCAAAUCAUCUGCGAAAAUUGCUGACACAAAGCAACUGCAGCAGCGAAUGGCAUCGCAUACUAAUGGUCUACCAACAACUACGAUGUCACAUGCAAGCCGGCAACCUCAGCCGUUACCAGCAAUGGCAUCACUACCCAGUCAGCAUCUAUCACAUGGCCAUCAUCAGCAGCAACAACUUCACCAUCCUCAGAGCAACACUCACCUGCAAACAAAUGCGCAUGCGCAUUUACAACAUCGCAACAACAACAGCAAAUCUCAUAAAAAGAAUAGUGAAAUUUCCACUACAAAUUUGCGGCAUAUCCUAAACAAUCUCAACAUAUUUGGCAGCAGUACAAAGAGUAGCAACUCGCAUUUGAAUAAUAAUGCUACUAUGAACCAUGUGGGGCAUAACCCCAUCGCCUCAUCAUCGAAUCACCUAUCUUUGCAAUUUUCACAUUCGAAAACUCCAUUAACGGCUUCAAUGAAAAGCCACCACAGUCGUUGUUCAGAUGGUUCCUUACAGUCCCAACGUAGUAGUCGUCUAAGUUCACAUCGUUCUCGAUCGCGCACACGCAUUUCUGAUACAGACACAAACAGUAUGAAAUCCAAUAGGCGCCCGAGUGUAGACACCGUUUCCACUUAUUUAUCGCAUGAAAGUAAAGAAAGUCUGCGUAGUCGUAAUUUUGCUAUAUCUGUUAAUGAUUUACUAGACUGUUCGUUAGGAAGCGAUGAGGUCUUUGUGCCAUCGCUGCCGCCCUCCUCUCUGGGUGAACGCGCACCUGCUCCUCCACCAUUGCCGCACCAUGUGAGCUCGUUGAAUUUAGCACCACCAGUUGGUACUGCUGGCGGCUCUGUGACAGUUGUUGCUACGCUUCAUAACACUCAAAAAUCCCAUCAAUCUCAACAGCACCUACUGUCAUCAACACAACAGUCGGCUAUUGCUGGCUCCAUUGUGGGCGUGGAUCCUGCGAGCGAUAUGAUAUCAAGAUUUGUGAAGUUGGCAGAACCGCCGGUGUGGCCCAAUGCGCAGCCGUGCCCCAUGUGCAUGGAAGAACUGAUACAAAACGCACAGAAUCCAACUAUUGCGUUGACGCGCUGUCAGCACCUAAUGCACUUACAAUGUCUAAAUGGCAUGAUCAUUGCGCAGCAGGGUGAUAUGUCAAAGAAUCUUUUCAUUGAGUGCCCGGUGUGUGGCAUUGUUUACGGAGAGAAAGUUGGUAAUCAGCCGAAUGGCACAAUGUCGUGGAGUAUCAUUAGUAAAAGUUUGCCUGGCCACGAAAGUCAGAAUACCAUACAAAUUGUUUACGACAUUGCAUCUGGCGUACAAACCGAGGAGCAUCCCCAUCCAGGCCGUGCAUUCUUCGCUGUGGGCUUUCCACGCGUCUGCUACUUACCUGACUGCCCGCUUGGCCGCAAAGUGCUGCGUUUUCUUAAGAUUGCCUUUGAUAGGCGGCUGCUAUUCUCUAUUGGUCGUUCGGUAACCACAGGACGGGAAGAUGUUGUCAUUUGGAAUAGUGUUGAUCACAAAACUCAAUUCAAUAUGUUCCCAGAUCCCACGUAUUUACAGCGUUGCAUGCAACAGUUAGUACACUUGGGUGUCACUGAUUAAUAUAUGCAGUAUUUAAGACAUACAUAUAUAUUUUUGGUCGCCAACCAGAUAGGUAGAUAAUGAAAGAAAUAUUGAUCUUACAUAUUUUUAGUGCAAAUGUUGAAUACAGUUUGAAGAAUUUAAUUUAAUUUACUUAAAGAAGGAUAUUUUCUAAUUCUCGUUUUUUUUUUAAUUGAUCGGACGUUUUUCAAAUAGCUUAAUUUGAUAAAUAAAUACAAUUGUUGUUAUCCUAUUUUGGGGGAUAUAAAAUAAAAAAAAAACAGUAAACUUUAAACUCAAUUCCUCCAUAUAAAUUUGGCGGUCCGAAAAUUCCAUUCUAAUAUAUUUUUGCGCAACCCCACCAUCCUUCACAUGCAAAGGAGUAUAUAUAUUUAUUAUUCUUUUUAUUAUUUAAUUAAGAGUGCAAUUGGAAAGUGUUUCAAGUAAAAUUACGUUCGAGUUGCUCGAACGUUAAACACCCAAGUGACUGUUAUGUUGCGGCUACUGUUAAAUACGUGUUCAAAUGCGUGAUAGCUGACGAAUUAUAACAAAUGAAUAUUUUUUAUAAGCUUUAAAAGUAUAGAUUUUAGAAAUUUGACGAAACUUCCUUGAAUGUUCUUCCAUUUAUUUUCCAAUAAUUUUAAGUAGAUUUAUUCGCAUAUAUGUAUAAUAUAAGCGCGUUAUGAUAGUGUUUGUUAAAAUACAUAGCAUACAUAUAUUCCAAUUCAUUAUGAAACAUAAUACUAUAUAUUAUAUAUUUAUAGCAAAUUAAUUUGCAUACAUUUUAUAGCAUGUAAGCGAUAUAAAGUUGGAUGAUAAAUAUAGGCAAAAGUUGAUGGAAAUUGUGUGCCACCUUAGACUUACAAACAUACAUACAUACAUACAUACAUAUAUCGGCAAGUUAAAUAAAUGAAUUUACAUUCCUUAUAAUGCUUACUAUAUGGUGCGAUAGUAAGGUUUUUAGCAAUCGCAUACCCCAAUAUUUUCAUAAUUUGGUAAAGCAUAAAGCAUAGACAUUAGUGAUCAUGAUGAUAUGCAAAGCUAAAGAUUCACUAUCGCUUAUCUCAAGUAUUGCCAAACAAAUAAGUUUUCUUUUAUGAAUAGACUAGGUUGUAGUUGUUAAGAAUCUCCCUAUUCUUUAUAGGUGAAGAAUAAAAUAAAUUUUGUGAUUUUACUGCAUGAUUUUUAUCUUUUAGAUUUAAGUGAGAUCUUUGAAAUAUGUAAAUGUUUUAAAUAAUACAUAUUAAGGUAUAUGAAAAUCGAUUGAAAGUGGAACUGACUAGUUAGUUUUAUGAAGAAAUAUUAUAUAUAUAGAUAUAUAGUUACACGACAUAAUCUUAAGCGUAGCUUUCAGUUUGCAAAUAAAGCAGUUUUAUAUGAGAAAUUCGAUUUUAAAUACAAAAUUUUAUAAAAAAACAUUUCAUGUGUAGAAAGGUUCUGCUAACAAGAGUUUUGUACUGCAUUUUUACACAUAAAAAUAAAAAUUAUUAAUCGAAAAAAAAA